GUGUCGGUCAGCCCGUUAGCCCAUCGGCCAAUUUGAUUAAAUCAGCGUAAAAUGUUAAAAAACGAUGCAGGAGGUGGGGUUCGAACCCAUGCCCUGCCCCUCCCCCAGCGUCGACUCCCUGUCCUGCAACCGGCACCGCCCUGCCCCUCCCCUAGCGCCGACUCCCUGCAACCGGCACCGGCCCGCCCUGCCCCUCCCCCAGCGCCGAGUACCUACAACCGGCCCGCGAGCCCUGCCACCGGCACCGCCCCACCCUGCCCGCGAGUUCGCCGUCGCAGUGGCCGACUCCUUGCCCUGCCACCGGCACCACCCUGCCCUGCCCGCGAGUUCGUCGUUGCAGUCGCCUGCAGAGCGCCGCGAGUUCCUCGUCUUUACCUGCCCAGCGUCGCUGCACCUCCCCGUCGCCCCGUGAGUUCGCCGUCGCAGUUGCAUCUUCUCCGUGCCUCCUCGGAUUCUAGCGCGAUGGACCGAAGGCCAGCGCCAAAAUCCCGUCGGUCUGCAUUGAAUGCCGCCAUAGGUACGAUUUCUGGAGGCUGGCAUCCAUCGUCACAAGAUAAUCGUCGCAGCCCCACGAACGACAGUCAUGCAACACAUGCACAACCUGAAGCUUUGUCGGCAGCUGCAUCUGUGCAAAACCCUCUGGACAACAGCAUUGAUGCCUCGUGGAUGCUUCCUGAUUACAACAUACUACCCUCCCAAGAUAACUACUAUAGGAAUCUGAUGAACCAAGAUGAUACAGAUAAUUUAGGCUUGGAGGAUUGCGUGCAAGUUGAUCCUCUUGUAGCUAAUAUGAAUUCCCAGACAAAACCAAAGGGCCGCUCAAAAAAUUUCACUGAUGAUGAGGACAUUCUAUUGUUGUCAGUGUAUCUCAAUGUUAGCAAAGAUCCUACUGCUGGAAGGGACCAAAAAGAUAGCAGAUUUUGGGAAAGAAUUGAAAAGUAUUAUCAUGUCAAUUUAACAUUUGAAUCAGAUCGCAAUUGCUCUUCAUUGCGUCAUCGAUGGGGUAUAAUCCAAAAGGAAGUAAGUCUUUUCCAAAGUUACUAUGAAGCCAUACAAAGGAAGAAUGAAAGUGGAAAGACAAUGAAUGACAAGACACGAGCCAAAGUGGUCAUCAAUAAAGGACUCCACAAUGGCUACCAAGAAGCUGGAUCCUCACAACGGUAAUGAAGACGAUGGACAUGACACCCCUAGACCACCAGGAAGGAAAGCCGAGAAAGAAAAAUUGCGAGCACGGAAGCAAGAGGACAAUGACAAUGAUGCAUUGAUGGAAGAACUAAAAAAAUUAGAGAGUCAAGAUUGGAGAUAGAAAAUGAUCGAAAGGCACGAGAAGACAAGUUAUUAGAGCUGGAGAGUAGUAAACUUGAUCUUGAGCGUGAACAACGUGACGACAAGGUGAUGAGAACCGACACAAGUACAAUGGAUGAUGAGUCAAAACAAUAUUUUAAGUUAGUGAAAGAGGAAAUUUUGGCGCGACGUUUUGGGAGAAAGCAAGAUUGAGGGGUCAUGUUAUUAGAGUUGGUUUUAGUCAUACUGAACAUAUUUGUAUUUUUUCUGUCUCUUCAAUAUAGUAUUUUUCCUGAAACGACUACAAGAUCUGUUUCCAAUAUAGUAUUUUUUUUCGUUGC